UUCAUUUUCGGUUACAAUACUUUGGGCUCCUCAUGUCUAUUCUCCAUGGGGGCUCCAAUAAAAAAUUGGGAGUGAUGUGAUGAUGUGGCAUUAUUUACGAUAAAGCAUAAUAUAAAAGUCGAGAAAGUUUAUAAAGAAUUGUCACAAGAACAAUUAGAUUACUGGCCGGUGUAGUGCCGCGAAUUUAUAAGAAAAUGUGCGUAAAAAGCCAAGAAUUUCAAGGGCUUCCUGUGGAUGUCCUACCUUAUCAUUAUAAUAUCACUUUAACACUUGAUCUUAAGACAUUUACUUCUACUGGACAGCAAGAUGUUUCCAUAGACGUGAAAGAAUCUACAAAUAAAAUCCUAUUAACUGCUGCAGACCUAAAGAUCAGGAAUGUGGCUUUUCACAAUAUAAAUGGAACCGUUGUUGCUUCUGGAGAAAUAUCUUUUGAUGCUACAGAAGAAAAAGUAACAAUUAUGUUUCCUGAAAAGAUUCCUGCGGGGAAAUCUGGUCAUUUGCAUUUUGAAUUUCAAGGAGAAAUUAAUGAUAAAAUGAGGGGCUUGUAUCGCAGCAAGUACACAGGCUUUAAUGCAUUAAGUUGCUUUCUUUGCGGACGGUCACAUAUACAGUUUUUUGCGAAUUCAACAUGUGCCAGACGUUGUUUCCCUUGUUGGGAUGAACCAAUUUUUAAAGCUACUUUUGAUAUCACAUUAAAAGUUUCUGCAGGCUUCACGGCUAUAUCCAACAUGCCAGUCAAGUCUGUAGUAAACCAUGAAAAUAAGACAAGCUGGAGCUUUGAAAGAACCCCGAUUAUGUCAAGUUACCUCGUAGCUUUUGUUGUAGGAGAAUUCGACUACCUAGAGGGGAAGACUAGCGAUGGAUUAGUUACGAGAGUAUAUACUCCCAAAGGAAAAGCAGAUCAGGGUCAGUUUGCCUUGGACAUUGCCACAAGAGCAAUUUCUUUGUAUGGCGAGUAUUUCGGAAUACCCUACUCUCUACCAAAGCUCGAUCUCAUUGCAAUAGCUGAUUUUGCUUUCGGUGCCAUGGAAAACUGGGGUCUUGUCACUUACAGAGAAACUCGUAUUCUAGUGGACUCAGAAAACACAUCCAUUGAGACUAAACAAGCUAUCACGUUGGUUGUCUGUCACGAAUUGGCGCACAAGUGGUUUGGCAAUCUCGUCACGAUGAAAUGGUGGGAUGAGCUUUGGCUGAAAGAAGGCUACGCUUCAUUCAUGGAGUUCUUCGCCACUGAUAAACUAUUUCCUGAAUACGAGAGCUGGACACAAUUCACAAAUCUUGUGUACAAAAGAGCUCUGCAGUUAGACGCCCUCAAGAGCACUCAUCCGAUCCACGUUCCAGUUAAUCGCUCAGCUGACAUUGACGAGAUUUUCGAUAAAAUCACAUAUUGCAAAGCUCCUAGUGUAAUCAGAAUGCUAUAUUAUUACAUAGGAGACGAAGAUUUUAAGAAGGGCAUGAGUCAGUAUCUAAAAAAGUUCUCUUAUUCUAACGCUGUAUCUGAAGACUUAUGGACGGCAUUGGAAGAAGCCAGUAAGAAACCAAUUCGAGCAAUAAUGCCAACAUGGAUCAAACAGAAAGGUUUCCCAAUACUGACUGUCCAACACCGCUGGGAAGGAAGCGAUCUGGUAUUGACCUUUUGUCAGAAGAAGUUCAUCGCUGAUGGUUCAGAUGAUCCUGAAAAAAGUUUAUGGAUGAUACCUUUAAAUGUGACCACCUCUCUAUCUCCUGAAAAGGCGAUCUUUAGCACGGUGAUGCACGAAAGGACGAAGGAAGUAUUAUUAAAGGAUGUACACAAAGAUUCUUGGGUUAAAGUAAAUCCAGGAACGGUCGGCUUUUACAGGACAAGUUACAGUUCCGACUUGCUAGAACUUCUGAUUCCAGCUAUCGAAAGUGGCAUGUUGACCGUCAAAGAUAGAUUUGGUGUCAUCGAUGACAUGUUCGCAUUUGUCCAAGCUGGUCAGGUUUCCACAGUGGAGUAUUUACGCCUGGUCAAAUCCUUCAAGGAAGAAGAGAAUGGAACUGUGUGGUCUAGCAUUAUCAGCUCUUUGAAUAAUAUACAAACAUUAGUAGCCGAUUCGGACUUUGACAGCUCUUUUAAGGCUUUCGCUCGUUCACUGCUGCGUUCUAUCAAUUCGAAAUUAGGAUGGGAUCCUAAACCUAAGGAAAGUCAUCUGAGCACUGUGCUUAGAUCAAGCGUUCUAGAAACUAAUGUUUCUCUUCAAGAAGAAAGCACCAUUCAGGAAGCAAAAGAUCGUUUCCAGUUACAUAUUUCUGGAAAAACUAUUCUCUCACCAGAUCUGCGAAAUCUAGUGUACCGGGCGAUUCUCUUCACUGGGGAUAAAGCAACAUUCGAGACAAUGUUGAAAUUAUAUAGAGAGGCGGAUUUAAGUGAAGAGAAGGCACGGAUAUUGAAAAGCCUUGGAGUAAUCAAGGAUGAAGCCUUAUUAACGAAAGCACUGGAAUUCGCCUUGAGUGAUCAAGUUCGAUUUCAGGAUACUCAUUAUGUGAUUUCGACAAUCAGGGAGUCUUCGAAAGGCCGUGACCUCGUUUGGGAGUUUUUCAAGCAAAAUUGGAACGUCUUUGAGGAUAGGUAUAAAGGAGGACUUAUUUUCCCACAUUUGGUUAGGAUUGUAACGGAGAACUUUGUUACGGAAGAGAAAGCACUGGAAAUUCAGCAGUUCUUUGAUAAUCAUCCGACAAAUGGUGUCGAGAAAACAGUCCGGCAAAGUGUGGAAUAUAUUAGACUGAAGGCUGCGUGGCUUAAUCGGGACAAAGAUUCCAUUAAAAAGUAUUUGACUUCAGAGUGGUAGAAACAAAAAUCCUGCUGUGGAGCGUCUGUUAGUUUAUUUUUAUUUUCAUUCUAAAAAAAGUUAUGUGAGUAUCUAUUUUCAUACAUUUCUGAAUGAAGAAUUUCAAUACCAA